AGGGAGGAGGAUUGUGAAAGGGUGGAGUUCAAUCAGUCCAACAUCAGUGAAGCAAAUUAAGAAUCGCUGUCACCUCGUUCCUCACAAAUCCCAUCAUGCCCACGUCGUUCAGGUCCUGUUUUGUGCCCGGCGGCUUCAUAUUGGCGUACAUCACUUAUUUGCUGUUGGGAGCUCUGGCUUUCUCUGCCUUCGAGCGGCCCGUCGAGGAAGCACUGAAGUCAGACCUGAUCUCCCUGAAAGCCGAGUUCCUCAACCUCAGCUGCAUCAACGCCACGGCUUUUGAAGAUUUCUUGGAAAAAGUUUUAAAAGCGAAUAAAUACGGCGUGUCGGUCCUUGAAGAUGCCCGCACAAACUGGGAUUUGGCGUCUUCGCUGUUCUUCGCAAACACGAUGGUCACGACAGUGGGAUACGGCUACACUACGCCGCUCUCUGAUGCGGGUAAAGCUUUCUCCAUCGUGUAUGCUCUGAUUGGAGUACCCUUCACCAUGCUAGUGCUCACAUCCUGUGUCCAGCGCCUCAUGCACCCGCUGACCUACGGGCCGAUCUCCACGUGCCAGCAGAGGGCUGGCCUGCAGCCACGUGCCGCCAGUGUGCUGCACUUCAUUGUUCUGCUGUUUCUAGUGGUGCUCGGCUUCUUUGUGUUGCCUGCUCUGGUGUUCAGCGCCAUAGAAGAAACCUGGUCUUUCUUAGACGCCUUCUACUUUUGUUUCAUCUCCCUCUGCACUAUAGGACUGGGAGACUUUGUGCCGGCAGAAAAGCCAGGACAGAAACUCAGAGCAUUGUACAAGAUAACAGUCAUGGUCUACCUGUUUGUGGGUUUGAUGGUCAUGUUCCUGGUCCUUCGUACUUUCCACAAGCUUGCAGAUGUGCACGGCUGGACUGCUUUCUUUCAUCUGCCGACCUGCGAGGAAGAUGAGGAUAAAGAACCAAUAAUAGAGCGAGAGCCUGAUGAUGAAUCGCCCGAGGCUAAGAAAGCCUCAAUUAAGCCUCUGGAUCCCAGCUCUCAAGUGUCCUACAACUCCAUCAAUAGAUAAAACACCAGUGUGCUCCACAUUCUGAGGAUGACACGCACUAUCAGUGGCCUGCACUUGUAAAUUGUCUGGACAUGUAACAAACACCUCAAGACAAUGGAGUAUGAAGAUGUACAGUACACCUCACUGUUGGACGGAACCGCUUCUGAUGCUUUAUAGGAGCAAAGCAUCUGGGAAGAACAUUUUCAUGAACCAAAUGACUUUUUUUUUUUUUUUUUCAGUUUCUGUUGAGUUUCCAUAUCUGAUCUUUAAGACUAUAGGGAUAUUGACAUUGCUCUAGGAAAUUGAAAACUUGCUCAUCGUGUCCUAAGUGUGAAUCUACUUUAGUGUUGAUUUGUUUAGCAGUCGUAACUGAUGACUGUUUUCAGGUUAAGUGACUUG